AUGGCGGACACAGCGCCCACGCCCACACGUCUCAACAUCCGCCCGCCCUCCACCGGCCGCGGAGCCCUCGACCGUGACCGUGACCGUGACCUUGAUGUCGCCCUCGCCCUCCAAUUCACCCCUCCUCCCGUCUCGUUCCUCCAGGGCCUGUGGUAUGUCACGCACUCGACGCUGCCCUUGUGGAAGUCAAACCGCAACGUGACCAUCACGUAUACGCCGCUCGAGAACAACGCCGAAGUGCUGGACGACCUGGUCGAGUACCAGCCCUUGACCUCGGACAAGCACAAGAAGGUGGAAGGCGUCGACGUGCCCGAGGCGGAUGCCACGGCCGCAUACAAUUGGCGCGGGAAAGGAUGGCUGAAGAUCGCCUCGAGCCACUGGCAGAUCCUGGGCUACGGCGAUGAAGAGGGCGGCUGGAUGGUCACCUACUUCCAGAAGACGCUGUUCACGCCCGCCGGGAUCGACAUCUACGCUCGACGAAGAGGGGGCCUGUCGUCACAACUGCUGGCGCAGAUCAAGCACGACAUAAGGGCCGUCAAAGACCAGAAGUUCUCGACCUUGGCCCUGCUCCUCUUUCCAAUCCAUCAUAAUUGGUGA